ACGUGAAAAUCCAUCCUGAGGAUGGCCGACAGUGACGCGGGUGCGAUACACAGGCAGGUUUCUUUGUUUCUUUUCGUCAUAAUGGAAACGAAAUGAAACAUGUAAGAGUGGGAAUUGCAGGGUCAUCUGAUCUCCAAUGAAGUACGGCGAAUUGUAGGUGCCGAAGAAGAUUCUCUUUCGAAAUGAAAAGAGAACUGGACACAAUUCAUGAGCGAGUAAUCGUGCCGGAUGUGUAUGUGUGCCUGUGUAUACGAGUCUUAUGAACCUUAUUAAGUUUUGAAAAAAAUAAGAGGAACCAAUUUCUUAUUCGUUUAUUUCAACGUCCGCUCUGUUGCAGUAGAAGUGUCUGAUCACACGUAGCAUUUGUCAACUGCAAUUCUCAAGAGCCAAAGUUCAAGCCUCCCUGGAGCUAAUAAUCUCGUUGCCAAAGGGGUGACAAAUUUUGUUCGAUUCUUUUGAGAAGAUAGAUGCGCGGCGAAAAUUGACUUUUUACCUUUCGUCAAUUUUUCCGCAGUUCGAUUAUUGAAAUAGAAAUAUUAACAUGCGAUGCCAUCUUAAACUCACGACGAAUUCGACAGGUUUGAGGUAUCGAGAUAAGAGAAAGUUGUAAUUCAUGCAAUUUAAUUAAGAAACGAUGAGCUGCUUCGUCGUUAAAUGGACCGUUAUCGGCAUCAUCGUCGGCGCGUAGUUUCACGUGGAGCGAAGGGGACUUUUGCCAAGGCGGGUUGGCAGGUCUGGCUCGUCCGUUCCUACUUGGCCUACUACUCUCUUCCGUGUGCUCCGCGUGGUUUUCGCAAUCGCCGCGCGCGGAAUCGCGGUAAGAAAAAAAACACGCGAUUACGUAUCACGAUCGAUCAGGCCCCGCCGUGACAGCGGAGCGCGGCUAAUGAACCUGAGUGUGACGAUGCAAGGCGCUACGGUCGGCAGUCCGUUUCAGCGUUCUAGUUGAUCGGGCAAUUGACUAUUCCCAGGGCCGAUUGUGAAAAUCGUAGCGACCGCCGCCCGAAGACGCGGGGCGGUCGCCGCGCGCGGAGUGCUCUUUCUGAAAGAUGUGGCGGUGCUCUCGACAUCGGGAAACGUUGUCCCGUGCGAGCGAACGUGGACACUCCUGUCGCGAAGCGAUUGGAGGUGGACACGAAGGAUCCUACGUAUCACCUGGACCUGAGACCUCGGGUCGAAAAUUCACGUGCGGUCGCGUGCGCAUAUGUGCGCAACAGUAGUGCAUGUACAAUUGAUGGCAGACGGACAGGCGGCGGGCGUCCCGUCUUCUGUCAGCGGUCGAGAUUCAUUUGAAACCUCGUUGAUGAACAGGGACGCUUUGGACACUUUCUUCCUAAUGCCAUAAACUUCCGAACUUGACUACUAUUGAUAAUCUCGUUACAAGUUGCCGUAUUGAGCUUCUGUGUACAAGUUUUGUGAUUAUAAAAUUUAUUGUCACUUUCUUAGCGGUGUCUUUAUUACAGACUGCAUUUACAUAUAGACAUCUCGAUCUUGACAAUACUACUUAAAAUAUUUUGAUAGUGUUUAUGAACAAACACAGAAUUUAUUGAAGAAUUUUUUUUUGUGAGCUGCAAUGACUGUGUGAUGAUUACUGCAAUUACCGCGUAAUAAACCGGAAGUUGAAAGCUAUUUCGUGUGUUUAUCUAAAUGCGUAAAAAGGAUUUAAGCAUUAAGCCGGGAGCACAUGCAAAGAGAUAUUUCGUCAACUGAGACAGUAAAUAUUUAAAAAAGAAGCAGUAGUAUCACCAGCAUAAGAAAUAAAUUAUUGCAUUUAUUCUAUUCCUUCAAGAAGUUUAUUUAUAUUAAAUUAAAAAAUACAUUUUAUCUUCAACGACACCAUGGACGAUGAUAUUGAUGAUAAAGAUGAUACAAAGCGAAAAUCACGUAAUCUUAGUGAAAAGAAACGCAGAGAUCAAUUUAACAUGCUUGUAAAUGAGCUCGGUAGCAUGGUUAGUGCUAAUACGCGGAAAAUGGAUAAGUCCACGGUGUUGAAAUCAACAAUUCUAUUUCUAAAGAAUCAUAAUGAGAUAGCAGUUAGAUCAAGAGCCCAUGAGAUUCAAGAAGACUGGAAACCGUCUUUCCUUUCUAACGAAGAAUUUACUCAUCUUAUAUUAGAGGGAUUGGACGGAUUUAUAAUGGUUUUCUCUUCAAACGGACAUAUUUAUUAUGUCUCUGAAAGUGUUACGUCUCUGCUUGGGUAUCUUCCAAAUGAAUUGGAAAACACAACUAUUUAUGAUAUAACGUAUCAGGAGGACCAGCCACAUUUAUACAAUGUUUUACUGAAUCCUGGCAACACGCGAGACAGACAUAGCGUGAAGAAAGAGGACCAAAUUUCUUUUACGUGUCAUAUUAAAAGAGGCGGACUCGAUUUUCGGGAAGAAUCUAUUUAUGAACUUGUGCAGUUUAUCGGAUACUUUCGUUCUGCUGUGGAUAGUGAUAUUGACAAUUUUUUGCCAAGUCAGAAACUUAGUAAUACCAGUGGAUCAGAUAACAAAUUGAUUUUCGUGGGUACGGGACGUUUGCAAACCCCACAGCUUAUCAGAGAAUUAUCCGUAACGGAAAGUACGAAAUCAGAAUUUACAUCCCGUCACAGUCUCGAAUGGAAAUUUUUAUUCUUAGAUCACAGAGCUCCGCCUAUCAUUGGAUACUUGCCUUUUGAAGUUUUAGGCACUUCUGGUUACGAUUACUAUCAUGUGGACGAUUUAGACAAUGUAGUUACGUGCCAUGAAUCACUGAUGCAGAAAGGCGAGGGAACGUCUUGUUACUAUAGAUUCCUCACGAAAGGCCAGCAAUGGAUUUGGUUGCAGACCAGAUUCUACAUCACCUACAAUCAAUGGAAUUCGAAACCCGAGUUUAUCGUAUGCACGCAUUAUGUGGUCAGUUAUGUUGACGUAAUGAAGGAAAUGCGCGCGGAAUCAGGGGAUUACGACAAAAUGCAAAAUCAGGACGUUUUACUGCCCGUAAAACAAGUAAUAACACCUUGUCAAACACCGUUAACGCAAUGGUCAAACAAAUCGUCAAGAACAUCAAAGUCGAUGACAGUUGCUUCCAAUCUUCGACAUCCAGGUGAUGGUUCUAAUACGUCAUCAAUAUCCGUUUCAUUAAGAAGUUCACCACAUUCACAAUUAUCACAUGGAUCAAGAUCAAACGCGGCUUCUGCAAGCAGUUCUGUAGUAUCAAAACCAAUAGCAUCGGUAGACAGCAGGCAACAGCAACAACAACCACAGCAGCAGUCACAACAUCAGGUCGAUGUUAAUCAGUCGUGUAUUAAUUUUAUGGAUCCUGCGCAAUACGCAACAGUUAAUCUGCAAUCGGUUGUUACAACGGAAUUUGGAACAUCUGCUGCUCCAAUUCUUUCGACUGUACCUACCCAUGAGAUGGUACAGCAGCAGAGUAUAGUAAUGACUCCUGCGCCAAAUCAAAUACAGGAUGAACUGCAACGAAAGCAUGAAGAGCUACAACAGUUGAUCGUACAUCAGCAGGAAGAAUUAAGAAGAGUUUCAGAACAACUGUUUAUUGCUCGAUAUGGAAUUCUCACGCCAUUAUUAAAUGCUGGUAUACCGUAUAAUCCAUCGAACUCGUGUCAACAAUCAACCCGAUGUAAUACCAAUAAUACUAACGUGCAGUUGCCUACAUCCAAUAGCGUACAAGGCGUGAAUAUACUUCCCUUACCAAUUACCGUACCAGUGCCUAUAGUGCCUACGGAAUUAUUUUCGCAUUCCUUACAAGUGAAUCUAUCUCCAAGCUCGACGCAUGGCAAUGUGAGCGCUGUAAUUCAAACUCAACAGCAACAGCAGCAUUCACAAUUGCAACACCAGCAGCAGCAGCAACAGCAACAACAGCAGCAGCAACAACAACAGCAGCAGCAGCAGCAGCAACAACAGCAGCAACAAGGGCUGCCGCAACGAGAAGGCAGCAAUUCCGAUCUCGUGCCUUUUCAGAUCUGUCCACAGCAGGCCGAGAUAAUAUAUAGUAAUAUGGAUACUUCUUCAAAUCAAUAG